UGCACGACUCGCAACUUGAAGUGUCACGAAAUAGGGAUGCUCCUCCCGACUCGACUCGCUUCUCCAACGCUUCAAAAGUUUUGCCGGGUUUUUUACUUGUUUCUCUUUCGAUGCGUUUGAGACGCUUUUUGCUCCUGGAAACAACCCGUUUCAUCACGUUCGGAGCCCGAUUGUCAACGCGCAACCCGUACGAGGACAGUUCCGAGCAGUCACAAGUACACAAAGCGUCACUGGAGUGAGCGAUGCAAAGAGAGCCGGUUUAUCUCUCGCUCAUUUCCAUGCCGCCUGUUGCGCCGAGAAGGCCGGAUAACUCCAGAUUUGCAUUUAAGAGCGUCGAGAUGUCACGUGGACGGAAAAUGACGGAUCCAUCGAGACUCCGAUCCCAGAGUGGCUAUUUUGCAAAGCCGAAUAUCAGCGAGAAUGUUUUACAGCGUCGCCGUCGUCAGUUUGCCUCAAAACGUCCACGAGAAAGUGCGCAGAUUGAUCAAUUAGCGCGGAAGCAAGCGGGAGACGGCGUUGACCUUCAUAUUCCGCGUCUCCCUGGCAAGUUUCAAGUGUUUUCUUCCCCCGGUCAGGGCCCAUUAACCCAGGUCGGCCCUUAGCGCCGUCCAUUGACAAACAACAGGCGGUAACAGCUCGGCCCCUCAUUCAUGACGCAGAGGGAGAGCCCUGGACAAUGUAGGACUGAACAGACGAGCGGGACAGCUCACAGGACAUCUGGUUCAGAAUGCAGCUGCUCCCAGUCCAAACAGUCGCUUUUUAGGUUGGAUCGUGCGGAGUGCCCGGUCCCCAUUUUUGUUUUGCCUUCGCAGGUUCCAGACUUGAGGACCGGCGGCGCCGCCGCCGAUGCCAGGAGCCGGCGAGUGAGGCCAGGUCUGGGCUUCCCGCGUUGACGUCGUAGCCUUGGAACGAGCCUCGAGAAGAUCGGCAUGGCGAGGCUCUGCGCGUUGUGCCUGCUCCUGCUCUGCUGCUCAGACCAGCUCUCGGCCAGGUCCCGCGACGGAGCGGCAAGAACCAAAGCUCUUCAGAUGUCCAGACCUCUGAUCGUGGCAGGUUACCCGGAAAACAUCACAGCGACGGUGACCGGUCAGGCCAAGCUGCUGUGCAAAGUCCACCGGCCGGCAUCCACUCGGGUGCAGUGGCUUAAGGUGGAGCUCGGGGGACCGGGCCGGGGCCUCAGACCCCUCACGCCCCUGCGGAGCAACGCAUCCAAGUUGAACACCUUGCAUCUGUCCGACAUCAGCCGGGAGGACGCCGGCGAAUAUAUCUGCGUGGCCGAAAGCAAACACAAAGGGAAAACCGUGCAAGCCAUGCGGUCGGCGUGGCUGGAAGUCCUGCCAGACGGCCUGAUUGGGGACACGGCACAGCGUCUCCUGCUGGAGCCGGGCGACGUCCUGAAAUUGCGCUGUGACACGCCCACUCGGCCGGGCAUGGCGGUCAACUGGUACAAAGAGGGAAACCGGCUGGUGCCCGCGCCCCGAAUCCAGCUCCGUGGCGCCGUCAUGGAGAUCGCCGACAUCACGGAGGAGGACUCGGGAGUCUAUGUGUGCGCCCUGCGCGGAACCAGAGGGCCCGUGAAGAACUUCACCGUCACCGUGACCGACUCGCUGGGCUCAGGAGACGAUGACGAGGACAACGGCUUGGAUGACUCAUCAUCCGAGAUCGAGAACGACCAAGUUUACCUUUCUAGAGGUCCUUACUGGACCCACACCCAGAGGAUGGAAAAGAAGCUGUAUGCCGUCCCGGCGGGCAACACAGUGAAGUUUCGUUGCCCGGCCAUGGGUAGCCCUUUGCCCAGUAUUCGGUGGCUCAAAAAUGGCAGGGAGUUCAGAGGCGAGCACCGUAUCGGGGGCAUCAAGCUGAGGCAUCAACACUGGAGCUUGGUGAUGGAGAGCGUUGUGCCUUCAGACAGAGGAAAUUACACCUGCGUGGUGGAAAACAAAUACGGCGCUAUUUCUCACAGCUAUGUCCUUGAUGUCCUAGAGCGCUCGCCCCAUCGGCCCAUCCUGCAGGCGGGUCUACCGGCCAACACCACAGCAGUCGUGGGCAGUGACGUCCAGUUCCAGUGCAAAGUCUACAGUGAUGCGCAGCCACACAUCCAGUGGCUCAAACACAUCGAGAGGAACGGGAGCCGAUACGGACCUGACGGGACACCGUACGUCCAGGUUCUCAAGACCGGCAGUCUCAACAUGUCCGAGGUGGAGGUGCUCUACCUGUCUAAAAUCACCACGGAGGACGCGGGAGAGUACACCUGUCUGGCUGGAAAUUCCAUCGGUUUUGCCUACCAGUCGGCUUGGCUCACCGUCCUUUCGGAGGAAGAAGCCGCGGACUCCCCGGACACCAUCGAGACCAAGUACACGGACAUCAUCAUCUACGCCUGCGGCUUCUUGGCUCUGAUCAUGGCCAUCGUCAUCGCGGUUUUGUGUCGGAUGCAAGUCCACCCCCGACGGGAGCCGUUUGAUGCCCUCCCGGUCCAGAAGCUUUCCAAGUUCCCGCUGCGCCGGCAGUACUCGGUGGACUCCAAUUCAUCAGGGAAGUCCAGCGCGUCUUUGAUGAGGGUGGCCCGCCUUUCAUCGAGCUGCUCUCCCAUGCUGGCCGGAGUGAUGGAGUUUGAAUUACCGCACGACCCCGACUGGGAGUUCCCCAGAGACAACUUAACGCUGGGGAAACCUCUGGGGGAAGGCUGCUUCGGGCAAGUGGUUAGAGCCGAGGCCUACGGCAUCAACAAGGACUCUCCGGACCAAGCUACCACUGUGGCGGUGAAGAUGCUGAAAGACGAUGCCACGGACAAAGAUCUCGCUGACCUCAUCUCCGAAAUGGAGCUGAUGAAGGUGAUGGACAAACACAAGAACAUCAUCAACCUGCUCGGAGUCUGCACCCAGGAGGGACCCCUGUACGUACUGGUGGAGUACGCCUCGAAAGGCAGCCUGCGCGAGUACUUGCGAGCGCGACGGCCUCCGGGCAUGGACUACACUUUCGACGUCACCAAGGUGCCUGAGGAGCAGCUCACCUUCAAGGAUUUGCUGUCUUGUGCCUACCAGGUGGCCCGAGGGAUGGAAUACCUGGCUUCUAAACGGUGCAUCCACCGAGAUUUGGCGGCCAGGAACGUCCUGGUGACGGAGGACAACGUGAUGAAAAUCGCCGACUUCGGCCUGGCAAGGGGCGUCCACCAGAUCGACUACUACAAGAAGACCACCAACGGACGCCUGCCGGUGAAGUGGAUGGCACCCGAGGCCUUGUUCGACCGGGUCUACACGCACCAGAGCGACGUGUGGUCGUUUGGCGUGCUCAUGUGGGAGAUCUUCACCCUGGGGGGCUCGCCCUAUCCUGGCAUUCCCGUUGAGGAGCUCUUUAAGCUGCUGAAAGAAGGACACCGCAUGGACAAGCCCUCCAACUGCACCCAUGAACUCUACAUGAUGAUGCGCGAGUGCUGGCAUGCGGUUCCCAUCCAGAGACCCACCUUUAAACAGCUGGUGGAGGAGCUGGACAAGGUGCUGCUGUCCAUCUCCGAUGAGUACUUGGACCUGUCGACACCUUUCGAGCAGUACUCGCCGUCGUGCGAGGACACAUCCAGCUCAUGCUCGUCCGACAACGACUCGGUCUUCACGCACGACGCGCUGUCCACUGAGCCGUGCCUGCUGGGCUACCAGGUGGCGCGCCCCCGCGGUGACCCCAAGACGGCGCCCCGCUAAGGCCCCCGUGCCGGCAGGACGCGUUUUGCUUGGCUUUUGUUUUUUUGAAUGGAGCACUGAGGACAGAUGGAUUUUGGACAGCAACCGCCGGGACGUUUUGGUAAACUGCGGCACAAACACACAAAAAAAGUGCCACGAGGAGCCGGAGCAGGGGCCCGCCACCACUCGCCCGCCUCUCCCCAAAUGUUAUUUUGAAAGACAUUUUAUUUUAACAAGGAAAAAAAAAUAUAUAGAUUUAUUUUGCUAUGUUAAAAAAAGAAGCGAUUGUUAAUUAUAAAUCUCUCUAUAUAAGAUUAUUUUACUUUUGUCUUGCUUAUUUAAAACAAAAAGUCUUAAAACUCAGGAUCUCUUGUGCUAAAAAGAAAAAAAAAGAAGUUGGAGGAAGUGUCUGAAUUGAUGAUUUCCUGUGAAUAUAUUAGAACAAUAAAAUAUUGUAUGUAUAUAUAUCAUCAAGCGGUAAUGCAAAUACACUUGGCUUUAUAAAUUAUUUUGUAUGACA